UUUAGGCCGAGAUCUUGUUACAAGAGUAAUUACAGCAUUAUAUGGUGAAUUACACGACAAAUCAAUUUUAGCAUCGGCUAUAUCCGUUUUAAAAUUAUCAAAUCAUACGCUAAAAGGCAAUCGACGUAAUGAGAUAAUAAUGCAAAUUCGUGGAUUACCAUUAAAGCAAGUCGGGCGUAAUUUUUUAGUAAUUGUACAAUUAGAUAUAAUGGCAACUAUUUUAGAAAUUGCAAAAACAUUACAAAUGACUACACCAAAAAGUCAAUGGUUGUAUAUUAUUUGUGAUAUGGAUAGUAAUCAAAAUGUUACAACGUACUCGAAUUUACUUGGGGAAGGUGAAAAUAUCGCAUUUAUAUACAAUUCAACAAUUACGAGUAACGAAUGUGUGCAAGGAAUCGAAAAUCAAACUGUGGAUGUUUUACGUGGGUUUAUGACAGCUUUAGAUUCAGCUGUUCGUGAAGAAGAAGAAACUUCAUCACAAAUACCAGAUGAAGAAUGGGAAGCUGUUCGUCCAACAAAAGAACAAAGACGUGAUUUUUUAUUAAAAACUCUAAGACAACAUUUGUCUCAAUAUGGUGUGAACGGGAAUUGUACUCGAUGGAAAUUGCAAUCAGGAGAAACUUGGGGGUUACAAUAUGAACAAAAAAAUGAAUCGACUGAUAUACAAUUACUGGAUGUUGGAUAUUGGCGUCCAAGCGAUGGCUUAAAUUUAAAUGAUGUUUUAUUUCCACAUGUUGAACACGGAUUCCGUGGCCGUACUUUACCAUUAGUUUCAUUUCAUAAUCCACCGUGGCAAGUUUUAAAAUUAAAUGAAACUGGUUCCGUAGUCGAAUAUAGUGGUGUUAUAUUUCAUAUUAUUGAAGAAAUAUCAAAAAAAUUAAAUUUUACUUUCACCAUUGUAUUUCCAGAUGGCCAUAGAAUUGGAUUAGCUGCAAAUGAAACGUAUAACCCAUCUACAAUUAAGGGUAUAAACAUUGAUAAUGCUCGACGUAUUGUGAAUGAGUCAAAUCGAAUUAUAGAGGUUCUACGUAAAAGAUCUGUAUUAAUGGCUGCUUGUGCGGUUACAGUCAAUAAUCAACGUAAACAUAUUAUAAAUUACACGAUGCCAAUAAGUACUGAAACAUAUACUUUUCUAGUAUCACGACCAAAAGAAUUGAGUAGGGCAUUGUUAUUUUUGUCACCAUUUGCACUUGAUACUUGGUUAUGUUUAGGCAUUGCUGUUGCCUCAAUGGGACCAAUUUUAUAUUUUAUUCACAAAUUUAGCCCGGUGUAUGAAUACACCGGGCUUACUCAAAGCGGUGGAUUGUCGACAAUUCAUAAUUGUCUUUGGUAUAUGUAUGGGGCAUUAAUGCAACAAGGUGGAAUGUAUCUGCCUUCCGCUGAUAGCGGUAGAUUAAUUGUGGGAACAUGGUGGUUAGUUGUUUUAGUGGUUGUAACUACUUAUAGUGGUAAUUUAGUGGCAUUUUUAACCUUUCCAAAAAUUGAUAGUCCUAUAAAUACGAUUAACGAUUUAUUGACUCAUCGGGAUACUGUCACAUGGAGUAUUUUACAUGGAACUUCUCUUGAAGAGUUUCUAAAAACUACAGAUGAACCAAAAUUAGAGGCCUUACAUAAAGGAGUGCUCUUGAAAGAUGAAGUUGACACUAAAAUGCUGGAUGAAAUUACCGCGGGUCGGCAUGUUUUCAUUGAUUGGAAAAUUAAUCUACAAUUUGUCAUGAAAAAGGAAUUCUUACGAACAAAUCGAUGCGAUCUUACAUUAAGUUCUGAUGAAUUUUUGGAGGAACAAGUUGCGAUGAUUGUUUCAAAAGGAAAUCCAUAUCUUCCAAUGAUCAAUGAACAAAUUAAACGUUUACAUCAAGUAGGAUUAAUUGAAAAAUGGUUAACAGAUUAUUUACCGAAAAAAGAUCGAUGUUCGAAUAUUGCAACCACCACCGAAGUGAAAAAUCACACUGUCAAUAUGAAUGAUAUGCAAGGAUCUUUUUUUGUUUUAUUUUUAGGUUUUAUUUGCGCAGCUUUUGUGAUAAUCAUUGAAAAGCUUUGGAAGAAAAGGGUAAUCUCAAAGGAACAAAAAGUAAUACAACCGUUUAUGUCAUAA